UGCUUCUUAUUCCCUCAUGUUACAAGGCUUUGAAAAACAGCUGGUCUCAGUAUCGUCACUCUUUUCACAGCAUCAACAAAAACAUAACACAAUCGUUUAGGGAAGAGCAGUUGAAAGAAAAUGCCUCCCUGCGCACAGUGGUUCGCACACAACAACAUGCGAGGACUAUUCGAGACCACUGUCUACAAGUCAACCGUAAUAGCACGCAACAACGCCCAGGUGGAGAAUCUUCCAAGAGUCGCACCACCACAACCAGUCACAGCUGACCCAUCCGGCGGAAUACAUUUCUCCACAGAGCUAUACAUCGGACUCGGAGUCGGACUGGCUGUAGCUGUCGUGGCCAUUGUUGUCGCAUUCAUCGUCAUCUUGUCGAAGCAGAAGAAGGAGUCGAGAGAUCUGACCAUGAUAGGGGACGAAGCGCUAGGCAUCUAUGGAGAGAAAGAUAUAAGUAUAGUUUCGGUCAAGGCUGUUUCGGAUCACGAUGACUCGCGAUAUCUUGCGUCUACUGCAGUCAGAAGACCAGCCUACUUGGAACCAAAGGAUGACCGUCGCUACAGCCUGUUUCUCGACAUAACGGUGGGGAUACGACAACCUCCAGUCUCUCCUGACAAGGGGCGCGCUACCAAGGCAAAGGAUGCAGCAAGUUCAUUUGCAAACCAGUACUCACCGCUUCGUCUCAUACAACUAUGCGAUCUCAAACGACACUGCCACUCUCAUGGCUCUCCAAGUCUAAAGAGGAGUGGUGCCAGCAUCUCCAUUGUCACAAGGGGACUGUGUCGUUUGAUGUUUGGCAAUUUCUUCAGAAUAGUCAAUGCAUGUAUUGGUUAUCAGUAUCUGAAGAUCGAACAAUGGAAACAUCCCUGGGGACAAUCGCAUGAUGAGACCUUUCACAUAGUCCUCCUACACCCCAAAUGGUGCUGUUAG